AUGACGGAACUUGUGUCAGGAUUGACCAAGGUGAGAGCUGACAAGCUGAGUCAGACCCUACACAAAGACUCUGCAGUAUCGACUGUCGAAGAAGCCGUCUCAUCAUUGAACAAUAAGAAGUUACUUGCUAUCACAAUGAGUGAUAAACAGCUCAUUUCAACUUCUGGUUUAAUGGACUUGAUAGCGCCAAAGGCAGGGGCCAAGCUGCCCAACAUCGUCUUCAUCGUCGCCGACGACAUGGGCUGGAACGACGUGAGCUUCCACGGCUCGGACCAGGUGCCCACGCCCAACAUCGACGCCUUGGCGUACCACGGAGUGAUCCUCAACGGCCACUACGUGCAGCCAGUCUGCACGCCGUCCCGGUCGGCCAUCAUGACCGGGAAGUACGCCGUCCGGCUGGAUGAGUCUGACGUCAGCGACGGCAUGCAGGGCCACGUGAUCCUGGGAGACGAGGUGCACGCGCUGCCCGAGGGCAAGAUCCUGCCGCAGUACCUCAAGGACCUGGGCUACGUCACCAGGGCCAUCGGCAAGUGGCACCUGGGCCACUACUCCAAGGUCUACACGCCCACCUACCGCGGGUUCGACUUCCACCUCGGCUACUGGAACGCCGGCGUCGGCUACUACGACUACAUAUUUGCAGAAAGGGGUGCCCACGGGUACGACCUGCGCGAGAACCUGACGACGGCGUGGCAGUGCAACGGCAAGUACGCGACGGACGUGUUCACCGAGGAGGCGGAGCGGCUGAUCCGGGACCACGACACGGAGCGGCCGCUGUUCCUCUACUUGGCGCACCUCGCCUGCCACCCCGGGGACCACUCGCAGCUCAUCAACGCCCCGCAGGACCUCAUCAACAGCUUCUCCUACAUCUCGCACCCUGACCGCCGCAUACUCGCAGCGGUGAUGGCGAAGAUGGACGAGUCGGUGGGGCGUGUGGUGGCAGCCCUCCAUGAGUGCGACAUGCUCAACAACUCCAUCACAGUGUUCGUCGCCGACAACGGGGUGGGCAGCGACGUCAACUGGGGCUCCAACUUCCCGUUCAGAGGCGAGGUAAUGCGUCAGACCUGCCGGACGACCUGGACGGCGUGAACAUGUGGCCGCGGCUGGUCUCUGGAGAGCCCAGCCAGCGCACGGAGAUACUCCUCAACUACGACGAGGUGGCCGAGAACGG